AAUCCCGCGAGUUGACUGCAGUGCAAGUUGUACUGAGACUGUGAGAGUGUCUCGUCCGGACUUGAGCAGGAUUUGCGGAAAGCAGGAAAGGAAAUAUCUGCCAAGAAUGUGAGGAUUCUGGCCGUACAACCCCAAUCUUGUGCAAGAUCCAUCAUAGCGAGAUAGUCUGUCAGUUAAGAGCAUGUUGAUGAAUAUGGGCCAGCCAUAGUCUGUACACUGAGGCAGGCUUCAUUACCAUUGACUGCAGCCAACUUCCAACAGGACAGCACAGCGCAGGAGGACACACACAUGGAUUUACUUGACUAGCCUUUGAACCGACCAUAUCAGAUGAGUGGUACAACUGCUUUGUACAAGGGAAUCAGUCAUUUUGAAGGGUGUCCCUGAAAAGUUGGUUAUUACAGAGUUCAAAAGACCUGGUUAAUUCAUGUUGAUUUGAAGCAAUCUUCUAACUGGAUUAUAGCAUUGCAAUGCACUGGCUAAAUUGGAUAAUUGGAUAUGUGAUCUUUGUGAUAGGUCUUCCCCAUGGACAAGGGUCCUGUGUGUUUGAGGGUAUACAAAUUGAGAAUGGUACUGUCUGGAAGUCAGAUAGCUGUCACAUCUGCACAUGCCUCAGCCCUGUCACAGUGUGCGAACAAGUGACAUGUCAGGACCCUAGAUGUAACAUACAGCAGGGAGAAGUAUACAGAAUUCCAUCAGGUAACUGUUGUCCGGAAUGCUUCACACCUGGACCACCAUGUGUGUAUAAAGGACAGACACGGGAGAUUGACUCUAAGUGGCAUGUCAGCCUGUGUGAGAGCUGCCACUGCACAGAGAAAGGCGUGAUAUGUACCAAUGAGACUUGCCCAGCUUUACACUGCAAACAUGGAGAAGAGAAGCAAAGUUUGCCUCAUGUCUGCUGCCCAAAGUGUGUCCCAACAGGAAGCUCUUGUGUGUAUCAAGGUGUUCACUACCUGGACGGUGCUGUCUGGGAGCCAACACCCUGCAUCAGGUGCAGUUGUCAAGAUGGAGAAGUUACAUGUUUCACUGCCCAUUGUCCAGAUCUCAGGUGUGACCAGGGUUCCAGUGUUGUCCAACUUCCGUCCACUUGUUGUCCACAGUGUGUAGAAGACAUGUGUUAUGUGGGAGGAAAGCAAUACAAGUCUGGUGAUGAGUGGCAGGAAGAUAGCUGUACCUACUGCAGGUGUUCCUCAGGCCAUAGUCAGUGCAGGAAGGUACAGUGUGAGGAUACUAUACAGUGUGAACCAGGUGAGAAGAAGCUGCUGAAGCCUGGAGACUGUUGUCCAUCUUGUGUGGCAGAGGAAGCUCCUUGUGUGUACAGUGGAGGGUUAUACUAUCAUGGUGACAUGUGGAAUACAUCACAGUGUGAGUUCUGUACAUGUGACAGAGGGAGAGUGAACUGUCACCAGGCAAGGUGUGAAAGGAGGCAUUGUGAACAGGAUUCACCAUUGUGUUAUACCAAGUACUGCUGUGAUAGUGGUCACCAGUGUGUACAAGAGAAACUCUUGACCACCAAGGGAACUGUUACCGUUCUUCCUGCUGGGUUUGUCAACAGGCUGUCCCAAGACUGGCCAUCUGAUACUUCUGUCAGGGUGAUUGAAGAGCCAAGACACGGCAGUAUGGUGAGUCAGAUGUAUGGGCCAGCCAGUACCUUCACUGUGUCCUCUCUGAGGUCUGGGGAUAUAAUGUACAGACAUGAUGGAGGAGAGGCUCUGUAUGACUCUGUCCUACUCCAGAUAUCUGAUGGAAGGAAAGUGAAGAAUGAACUCCUGGAGAUAGAAGUCCAGUCCAAGGGUAAAAGUGUCCCAGUAAUGGAGGUUAAUAUGGGAGCAAAGGUAGAGAUGGGUAAAAUGGUCCUACUGACCAAAGACAUGCUGCAUUUUGUGUCCGGAGGAAAGCAGAAAUCCAACUUGAUUUACACCAUAACUGACAAUCCUAAAGAAGGGACAUUGUUGAUGAUAGUCCCCAUCCCACCAGAUGGAGCCAGGAGAGGCUGGAAGGACCGUGGGGAUGGAACUAUGGGUGCUACGAUGUACAGGUUCCUCCAGAGAGAUGUGGAUGAGAAAAGACUCUGGUACCAACACAAGGGUAGAGCCAGUACAGGAAAAGACAGGUUUAUUUUUGAGGUGUCUGAGGGGACUAAUUCUCCCAACAUUCUGAGAAACCAGGUUUUCCACAUCUCAGUCUCGAUGCCCCAGGGUGAUGCUCCCAGCACUGCCCCCACUGUGGCACCUGGGGUGGACCUUAGUAUGAAGGUGUUUGAGAACCAGCUGGUACCCAUCAUGAGUGCCCACCUUGCCUUUGAGAACAUUGACUCUGAUGACAGGGACAUAGUUUAUACCAUAACCAGACCUCUGCAGUCCACACAGGGUUCUGUAGAACACAUCAGGGAACCCUUCCAGCCAGUGUUCAGGUUCACACAAGAAGAUAUCAACAUGAACAAGAUUAUCUACAGACCUCCUAUGACUGAAAUUGGACCAGAGGAGAAGAAAUUCACCUUUGAUUUUAUAGUUCAAGAUAAAACAAGUGGCUUUGCAAUUCCCAAGCAGACAUUCUCUAUCCAUGUGAUGCCAGUCAAUAACAUGCCACCCAGAGUGCUUCAAAAUGAGCCUUCUGUCAAGGUAACCCAGGGUGGCAGCGUUCUUCUUGGCCCUGAUGUGAUUGCAUUAAUAGAUACUGAUACCAGUAUUGAUGACCUUAGUUUGACCUUGACCCAGAAUCCAGUUGCUGGUAAAGUCACGAAGACUUCUAAUGGAAGGAGGAGUGAAUUAGGAAUAGGUGAAGAGAUGACAUAUGCAGAUGUUAAGAACAAUGCAGUCAUGUAUCAACAUGAUGGCUCCAGACGUUUGGAAGACAUGUUGCACUUCAAAGUCAGUGAUGGUGUCCACACUGUGCCAGUUGGUGUAAAGGUGUCUGUGACCAGGGCUGACAGAGCGUCUCCCAUGGCAGACAAGCAGGCUAGCUUUAGUAUGACUUUACCAGAAGGAGAUACAUCAACCAUUGAAAAGAAACAUAUGGCUUUCACAGAUAUAGAUACAAGUGAUGACAAGUUAACAAUCAAGGUUGUCAUGGACCCCAUGCAGGGAACAUUAAAGAGGGGGAGGGAGAUUCUUACAUUGGGAAGCUCAUUUACCCAGCAGGAUAUAAAUGAUGGCAUGAUUAAAUAUACUGCUGCCAGUGAGAUAGGCAGUCGCCCCAUUAACGAGAUCCUGUAUUUCAAUGUGACAGACCCCAAUAACCAUGUCCUGGCCAAUCAGAUUCUGACCAUCACAAUUGAACCAGUCAAUAACCAAGCACCAGUGGUCACUGUGGGACCUGGAGUAGAGGUAGAAGAAGGUGGUCGUGUCCAGUUAACUCCCCAACACCUGAGUGCCAUGGACAUGGACACCCCUGUAUCUUUGCUGACCGUGGUCAUUGAUGCGUUGCCCAGCUUUGGUGUGGUGAAGAAUUCUCUCAGAGGACUCGGUUCAGAGCAUGGGAGGCCAUCAGUGGUCACUACCUUCCCCCUGCAGGACCUGCUGGAUGGUGGGGUAUACUAUGUCCAGACUGACCACAAGAAUAAAGAACCAGUGGCAGAUGGCUUUUUGUUCCAUGUCACUGAUGGCACCAAUGAUUCUCCUUCUCAGAGGUUUAACAUAUCCAUACUGUUGACCAAUGAUGAGUCCCCAGUGAUGGUGACAGAGCAGUUACAUUGUCAAGAAGGUCGUGGCGUGGUAAUGACUAAUGCCACCAUGUAUGUCAUUGACUUUGACAGCGUGCCUGAGGAAUUGCUGUUCACAGUGGAAGCACUGCCACAGCAUGGCAAACUUAGAAGAAAGGAGUACAUACAGGAUAUGAUAUUCUCUGGGCAAGAAUUACAGCAAGGAGCUACAUUCACUUAUGAGGACAUCCUCAAUGAGCUGAUAGGAUACACACAUGAAGGGGGAGAAGUGGAUGGAGAUGAAUUCACUCUGCAGUUAACAGAUGGAAAAUUCACAGACAGGAAAACCAUGAAGGUUGUCAUUGGUCUUGUGAAUGAUGAAACUCCCCGUGUGGUGGUCAAUAGAGGGCUCCAGGUGUCUGCAGGCUCUACCACAGUGAUUGAAAAUAACCUGUUGAAAGCAAGUGAUGUAGAUUCUGAGGACAGCCAGAUCAUUUAUACAAUCACUGAAGAUUUGUCAUCGGGCAAACUGAAGUUAGUUAAAGGCCAGCUGAUAGCAGAAAUUACUAAAGAUGGCCACCAGAGCGGCUUUACACAGUCGGAUAUUGAUGAAGGUCAUAUCCAGUACGUACAUGAUGUCAGUGAACCAGCAGGUCCAACUCUGUUUAAAUUCAGACUAUCAGACCCAGAGGAUAAUGUGUUGAUUGAUCAAAGUUUUGUUAUAACUGUUUUAGAGGAUAGGAUUCCUCCCCAGGUGACAGCCAACAAGGAGUUCAGUGUAAAAGAAGGUGGAGCUGCUAAGAUCACCACACAGUUCUUGUCAGCCACAGACACAGAUUCUGAGCCAGCAAACCUCCUGUUUUCUGUCCUCACUCCACCACAGCUAGGACAUAUUGCCUUAGUAGGAGCCAGGGGAAUGCCAGUGAGUCAGUUUCGCCAGUCAGAUCUAGCAGCAGGUCAGGUACAAUAUGUACAUACCAGCAGCGAAGAAAUCUAUAUGGAUAGCUUUACAUUCUCUGUCACUGAUGGGACAAAUGAUGUGACACAAACCUUCUACUUGACCAUUACCCCUGUUGAUGACUCCCUGCCAGUGGUCAGCGUCCAUGGACUUAAGGUCCAAGAAGGGGUCAGGAAGGUCAUCACAGAGUUUGACCUGAAGGCAGUGGACAAAGACACUAAGGAGGACCACGUAUUCUUCACAGUCAUUCAGCAUCCACGCCACGGUUCGUUAGACCUGCUGUACAAUGGCCAGCAGACACAAGCAACAAGAUUCAGUAUGGCUGAUAUCUACGAAAACCGUGUUAGUUACCAGCAUGAUGGCAGUGAGACACUCCUUGACAGCUUUACUUUCACUACCAGUGAUGGCACCAAUAAUCUCUACAUGAUGCAACAAGACCAACCUGAAGGUGUGCCCUUGUCAAGACCACUGUUGUUUGAGAUAGCUGUAAGUCCAGUAGAUGAUGGCAGUCCUAUCAUAACCACAAACCUGGGCUUACAUUACCUGGAAUAUGUAAAUGGCAAGGCCAUGAAUGCCAUAACAUCCAAGGAGCUGAAAGCAACAGACCUGGACACCCAAGAUAAAGCUUUGAUCUACCAGAUAAAAGAGCCACCACAGUAUGGAAGGAUAGAGAACUCUGCCAACCCAGAUGUACCCAUUUCUUUGUUUUCUCAAGAGGACAUUAACAAUGGGGUUAUACGAUACGUCUUGUUUACGAGCACCAAUGAAACCAAGGACAAGUUCACCUUUGACCUGAUGGACAGCAAGCCAAACAUCGUGAAGGAGCAGGUUUUUCACAUCAGGUGGUCAUAUAUCAACUUUGAAUUGCCAGACAUAAAUAUAACAGAAAGUUCAGGGGUCAUACGUGUGCCAGUCAAAAGGAUCGGAAACCUCAAACAGUACUCGAUAGUGCAAUGUAAAGCCAUCCCAGGAAGUGCCGUGUCCGCAUCUUCAGCCACUGGGAUAGUGAGACCAGGGAUGAAUGAUUAUGAGGCAUUCAUGGGCCAGGUUCAGUUUGAUGAAUGGCAAGACACCAAAACAUGCACCAUUGUCAUUAAUGAUGACUCCAUAUUUGAGGGGCCAGAGACUUUUUAUGUUGAACUCAGUCAACCUGCUUAUGCCUUGUUAGGAACCCCAACAAAAGCUUCCAUAACCAUUUAUGAUUUGGAAGAUGAGCCUGUGGUCCAGUUUGAGAAAGGCCUGUACCAUGUAAAUGAGAGUGAUGGCUUUUUGUAUGCCACUCUCACAAGAUCAGGUGACCUGAGCAGUAGUUCCUCAGUGGUCUGUUCCACGCUGUCUAUGACUGCUAUAGGUAGUGGUGGCAGCAGACUGGAGUCUGGUGCCGAUUUCAAAACCAGACAGCAGACGGAUGCAAACCGGGUCGUCUUCUCUGCUGGGGAGACUGAAGCCUCCUGUGAUGUUCAGAUAAUUGAUGACAGUAAUUAUGAAACUUUGGAACAGUUUGAGAUAGUUCUGUCUGACCCAUCCAUGAUGACAAAAGUUGGACCCAUAUCUAAAGCUAUUGUUAUUAUUGAUGGACCAAACGAUGAAUCUCUGAUCUCAUUCGCUCAUGAGAGUGCUUGGUUUGAUGAAGAUGCAGGUAUUGUUGAGAUUCCAGUGAUUCGUGAUGGUUCAGACUUAUCCCAUAGUUCCAUGGUGUGGUGUGCUACAAAAAUGGUGAACCCACCGUCUGCUACACCUGGACAGGACUACGUCCCAACAUCCAAUCAGAUAACAUUUGGUCCUGGACAGAAUGUACAGGUGUGCAAGCUGACAAUAUUAGAUGAUAAUGCAGAUCCCAGGGUAGAGGGAAAUGAAACUUUUAUUGUGUUCCUGAGUUCUGCAAUGGGCAGCAGUCUGACUGAACCAAUCAGUGCUCUGAUCACUAUUAAUGAUACAGAUCUAGAUAUUCCAACAAUGCAGUUUGAGAAGCUGUCCUAUGUCAUAGAUGAAGAGGAAAAGUUCCUUGACAUUCCUGUCAUCAGGACUGGGGACUUGAGCUACUCUUCCUCUGUCAUCUGCUUCACAAGGCAGAAAACUGCCCAUGUCAUGAUGGACUUCCACGAAAGAACGAAGACGCAAGAUUCUAGGAUCACAUUUUUUCCUGGAGAGCAG